AUGAAGUCUUUCAUUGAAAUCUCGUCAGACUCGCAUUUUCCACUGGAAAACUUGCCAUACGGCGUAUUCUCUACUGCUAAUAAUCAAUUUCCACGAAUUGGAGUUGCCAUCGGUGAUCAAAUUCUUGAUCUACCAUCUAUCACCUCAUUAUUCGAGAAACAUGUACCAGAAUUAAAGAAUCCCGCGUCUGUCCUCUCACAGCCAUCUUUGAACCUGUUCAUGUCACUUGGAAAACCAGUAUGGCAAGCAACACGAAAAUUCCUCCAAUACAUUCUUUCGGCAGAUACCCCCGAAUUACGUGAUAAUCACGAAUUACGCUUAAAAGCAUUUACUCCUCAAAAAGACGCUACAUUACAUUUGCCUGCUACAAUUGGUGAUUAUACGGAUUUCUAUGCGUCUAAAGAACAUGCCACUAAUGUUGGGAGUAUGUUUCGUGGAAAAGAUAACGCAUUGAUGCCAAAUUGGGUUCAUUUACCAGUUGGAUAUCAUGGUCGAGCAUCCUCGAUUGUUUUAUCAGGCGCAAAUAUUAAGAGACCAAAUGGUCAGAGAUUAUCAGCUAAGGAUCAGCCUCCGGUCUUUGGCCCUUCUUUGAAAUUGGACUAUGAAUUAGAAAUGGCAUUUUUUGUCGGAGUUGGUAAUGAGCUCGGUGAACCAAUUUCGAUUGAGCAAGCUAAAAAUCAUAUUUUUGGCAUAGUUUUACUGAACGAUUGGAGUGCUCGAGAUAUCCAAUCUUGGGAAUACGUACCUUUAGGACCAUUUCUUGGUAAAAAUUUUGGGACUAGUAUUUCUCCUUGGGUAGUCACCCUUGAAGCAUUAGAACCCUUUUUGGUGCAAGGACCACAACAAGUCCCUCCGCCAUUAGAGUAUCUACAAGAACGAGGACCAUCUGCUUAUAAUAUCAAUUUAGAAGUGAAAUUAAAGCCAUCGGGAAGUAACGAUUAUAAGACCAUAACCCGCUCAAAUCUCAAAUACAUGUACUGGUCAAUUACUCAACAAUUGGCUCAUCACACAAUAAAUGGAUGUAACACACGUCCGGGAGACUUGUGUGGAACCGGAACAAUCAGUGGCCAGACCGAUGACUCGCUUGGUUCCCUCUUAGAAAUCACAUGGAACGGACAAAAUGAGAUUGAAUUUGAGGCUGGUGUUAAACGAAAGUUUAUCGAAGAUGGUGAUGAAGUGGUGUUGACUGGGUAUUGUCAAGGUGAUGGGCAUUUUAUAGGGUUUGGUGAAUGCGCUGGUAAAAUUUUACCAAACAGGGCAAAGUAA